AUGGCCUCUAUGAUGAGCAAAAGUCUGAAUGAAGUGAAGAAAAUCGUGCAGAUACCUGGAGAGAAACGCACUAGAAGCAGAAGGAAGAGAGAGGAAGAUUCUGAGUCCUAUCCUUAUUUCCUCUUCUUCUCACUUCCCAUUCAUUCAUUCAUUUCUCCUUCUCUUUCUUUUCUUCUUCUUCUUCCCUCUUCCUCCUCCUCUCCUAAGAUGUUGACUGACAUCUCUGUGGAAAAAAAAGUAAUCUCUUUCUUUGGCUAUGCUGCUCAAAUCUGGUUUUUUGGUCAGUUUGUAGUGACUGAAUGUUUCCUCCUGGCCUCCAUGGCAUAUGACCAGUAUAUGGCCAUCUGUAAGCCCUUGUUGUAUACUCUCAUUAUAUCCCAGCGGGUCUGUGUGCAGCUGGUGGUAGGGCCUUAUGCUGUGGGUCCUAUGAGCACCAUGACCCACACGACUUUCACCUUUCGCCUACCUUACUGUGGUCCAAAUAUCAUCAAUCACUUCUUCUGUGAUCUUCUUCCUGUUUUGUCCCUGGCAUGUGUAGACACCCACAUCAAUCAGUUUGUUCUUUUCCUCUUUGCUGGAGCUCUAGGAGUGCUCAGUGGUAUGAUCAUGCUGGUUUCCUACAUUUACAUUGUCUUUGCUAUCCUGAGGAUCCACUCUGUGGAGGGGAGGCACAAAGCCUUCUCCACCUGCCCUUCACACCUGACAGCUGUCUCCAUCCUAUAUGGGACACUCUUCUUUAUCUAUGUACGCCCUAGUUCUAGUUUCUCCCUGGACAUUAAUAAGGUGGUUUCUGUGUUCUACACAGCUGUGAUUCCCAUGUUGAACCCCCUUAUCUACAGCCUGAGAAACAGGGAGGUCAAAGAUUCAUUCAGAAGGACACUUGAGAAGAAGUACUGCUUCCCUAUGAAUGACAGGAUACUUGACUUUCAUAUAUAUAUAUUUGGAACUGGCAUAGGUAUAUGUUUAACUUUCCAAGAAAUUGCUAAACUGUCUUCCAAGGUGGCUGUAUCAUUGCAUUCCUACCAACAAUGA